UUUUGGGUCUGCGGUGUGUCUUAGUGUGGUGGGGGAGCUGAAGGUGGCAGUGGUCACGGCCUGUCUCAUGUGUCAGUGUGCGGCAGCUGCUCUCUGCAGGUUUGAUGUCCCGUUCAAAGGUUGCGCUGAAAAUGACCCUGCCUCUCCGCCGUGUAGGAAUGGCCACCACUGGGAACCUUUCUGAAGAGCAGGUGCACUGCUCCAUCUGUCUGGACGUCUUCACCAACCCCGUGUCUAUCCCCUGCGGACACAACUUCUGCCAGAGCUGCAUCCUGGGAUACUGGAAAACCAGCCCUUUGUAUCAGUGUCCCAUGUGCAAGAAGUCCUUCCACAAAAGGCCUGAUAUUAGCGUGAACACCGUCCUGAGGGAAAUUGCCGAGCAGUUCAAGGAGAUCAGGGUUAAAGGUGUGGAGGGGAAGGGAAGCGGGGAAGAGGGAGGGGGCAAAGAAAAGAGGUGGGUGAUGGAAAGAAGGAAGAAGGAGGAUGAAGAGAGGCUUUUGGAGAAAGAUCAGAAGCAGCAGCUUCUGGAGGAGCUGAAGAUGAAGCAAGAGGAGGAGAAGAGAAAGAAGGAGGGGUUGAAGGAGAAACAAGGAGAGAAGAGGACACCUCAAGAGGAAUUACCACCGUUAAUCCCGCCAGGUCCCAAAAUGUCUCCUCCACCGUCGCCACAAGCCACAGCUCAAGCCCCACCACCACCCCUGCCCCAAACAUCACCCCCGCCCUCACCUCAAAUCCCUGCUCCUUCACCUCCUCAAACCUUACCCUCUCCCUGGGAGGAGGUCCUGUGCGAUGUCUGUCUGGGUGAAGGCAGGCCGAAGGCAGUUAAAUCCUGCCUCGUGUGCCUGACUUCCUACUGCGAGGAGCAUCUGAAGUCUCACUGCGCCAGGUUCACCAAGCACAAGCUGAUAGAGCCUGUUGCUAACAUGGCGGACAGGAUGUGCCCGAAGCACGAGAGGCUGCUGGAGCUGUUCUGUAAGAAGGACCAGACUUGUGUGUGCGUCCUAUGCACCGAGACGGACCACAGGGCACACUACACCGUCCCUGUUGAGAGAGAAUGGAUGGAGAAGAAGGCGCAGCUGAAAAGGACAGAGAUAGACGUCCAGCAGAUGAUCCAGGACAGAGUGAAGAAGGUGGAGGAGAUCAAACAAUCUGUGGAGCUCAACAAAGCCAGUGCUCAGAGAGAGAUUGAGGAGAACACGCAGGUCUUCUCUGAGCUGGUGCGCUCCAUCCAGAGGACUCAGGCCGAGCUGGUUUUGAUCAUCGAGGAGAAGCAGAGGGAGACGGAGAGGUGGGCUGAAGGCCUCGUCGCCGAACUGGAGCGGGAAAUCGCUGAGCUGAAGAGGAAGAAUACAGAUUUGGAAAACGUGGCCCGGACCGACCACAUUAACUUCUUAAAGAGCUUCCCAGGACUUAACACGGCCCCAUCAGUUAAAGACUGGUCUGAGACCAGGGUUCCCACUGACACCUGUGUAGGCUUGAUCAGACGAUCCGUGUCCAAACUGGAAACAACACUGAAUGAGAUGAUUGACAAACUGUCUGAAAUUGAGAUCAAAAAGAUUCUCAAGUAUUCAGUGGACAUCACUCUGGACCCAGACACAGCAAACCCAUGGUUGCAACUGUCUCAGGACAGACAUCAGGUGAGACACCUGGGGGCCUGGCAGGACCUCCCAGACCACCCUGACCGCUUUGACACCGUGGUCAUAGUGCUGGGCCGUGAGGGAUUCACCUCAGGCAGACACUACUGGGAGGUUCAGGUGGGAGACAAGGACGACUGGUACUUGGGGGUGGCCAAGUCCUCUGUAAACAGAAAGGGCAGGAUCUCUGUAAGCACCACCCAAGGUUACUGGGCUCUGGCCAUGAAGAAAGGCCAUGGGUAUCGCAUAUCAACGUCCCCACCAUUACAGCUCUCCCUCGACCCUAAGCCCAAGAGAGUGGGUGUUUACGUGGACUAUGAGGAGGGGCAAGUGUCGUUCUAUGACGUGAAAGCUCGGACUCAUAUUUACACGUUAGAGGAUACCUUCACAGAGAAGAUUCUGCCCUUCUUCUACUUGUACUGCUGCGACAAAGCCUCCGAUACCAUCGCAAUAUGUCCCGUGAAUGAGAAAAGCCACAUAAAACAGAGCUAGAUCAUUACACAAAACACACAUUAGAAUGUACAGUCAGUUCUUUGUUGUAGCCAUACCCAGUUCAUUGUAAUUCUAUGUAUGCACAUACACAUUCUAUGCACAUGUAAUAUAAUCAUUUUUUUAUUGUCUUUGUAUGAGCUGCCAUUUUGGUCGCAGGAAUUUAGCUUAGCAUAAAGACUGUCGGAUUAGACAGCCUGUCUAGUUCUGUGCAAAGGUAACAAAUGUCAAACAAGAACAGUAAUUAGAAGAAGGGUCUGACAUUGUGCUAGAUAUAUUUUCAGCCUUACAGCCUUCAUGAAUGAGUUAAAUGGAAAGCUUGAGCUAGAAGACGAUAACAACACAUUAGCAUGAAGAUUGUGACACAUAGUACAAAGCUACAGUACAAGAGGCUCUUAAGCUAAUGGAUAUCUCAUGUCAUGUUUGUUUAAUUGGUAUUAAAACAAAAAUGUAAGAAUAAUGCAUGGGCAUGUUGAAAAAAAAUACAGUGGUCGAAACGAAAGUAAUAAAACACCUUACUUAGUCUGAUUUGGGGAAAAAAGACAGACCUUAUGCUAAGCUAAGCUAAGCUAAGCUAACAGGCUUGUGGAGUUAGCUUCAUAUGCACUGCACAGACACAAAAAUGAUAAAAAUUGGUAUAAGUGAGGUAUUCUUUUAAUUGCAUGAGUUCAAAAGUUUUUACUGAUUUCAUCACUGCAUGUUAGGGUUUAGUUUAAUCAAGUCAACUUUAUUGACAAUUCUACUGUAUGUACAAGACUCACAGAGGCUUGAAAGCCACAACAAGGAAGAUGAGAUAUAUAAUGUGCAUAUGGAAAGUAAAACAACAACAUAAGAAUACUGAAAAACCACUGAAAAGGAAGGAGGUGACGGAGGCUGUAUGUUAUAAGUGUUUACAACAAUAAAUAUUUUACUUAAACAUG